CAAAAAAUAGGGAUGAGCGCCAUGUCUGAUCCUACAGUUGUGGAAUAGAGAGAUACACAUCCAGCGGCUUGGGGAGUCCGUUUCGGGCUCGCUAUUUAGGAUGUCGGAGAGCAGCGGGCUGCAGCAGGGCUCCCCAGCUGUGGGGGCGGCGGGCUUGGCCCCUGCUGCUCCCGGGGGAGGAGGGACGGAGUGUUCGGGCGCUGCUGCGGGAUCUGCUGGUAUCGCCGUGAAGAAGGCGCAGCUUCGCUCCGCUCCGCGGCCGAAGAAGCUGGAGAAACUCGGAGUCUAUUCCUCUUGCAAGGCUGAAGAGUCCUGUAAAUGUAAUGGAUGGAAGAGCCAAAAUCCACCCCCAACUCCUCCCCGGGUGGAUUUGCAGCAGAUAACUGUCAGCCUCACUGAGCCCUGCCGCAGUUGCGGUCACUUACUGGCUGAUCAUGUUUCCCACUUGGAAAAUGUGUCAGAGGAGGAAAUGAACCGGUUGUUGGGAAUUGCACUAGAUGUGGAGUAUCUCUUCACCUGCGUACAUAAGGAAGAGGAUGCAGAUACUAAACAAGUUUACUUUUCCCUGUUCAAACUUCUGAGAAAAUGUAUUUUGCAGAUGGGUAAGCCUGUGGUGGAGGGAGCCCUAGAAAGCCCUCCGUUUCAAAAACCAAGCAUUGAACAGGGAGUAAAUAACUUUGUACAGUACAAGUUCAGCCACCUUCCUUCGAAAGAAAGGCAGACAAUUGUUGAACUGGCCAAGAUGUUUCUAAAUCAGAUCAACUACUGGCAGCUGGAGACGCCCUCUCAGAGGAGACAACGGUCACCCGUUGAUGAUGCAGUGGGUUACAAAGUGAACUAUACCAGGUGGCUCUGCUACUGCAACGUCCCCCAGUUCUGUGACAGUCUCCCUCGGUAUGAGACCACACAGAUAUUUGGAAGGACUCUCCUUCGAUCAGUCUUCACUGUAAUGCGAAGGCAACUGCUGGAACAAGCCCGCCAGGAGAAAGAUAAGCUCCCUCCUGAGAAACGAACACUAAUCCUCACACACUUUCCAAAAUUUUUGUCUAUGCUUGAAGAAGAGGUUUAUAGCCACCAUUCUCCUAUCUGGAAUGAAGAUUUUAUGGCAUGUUCAUCUACAACCGGCCAGUUAGGAAUUCAGACAGUGAUCAGUGCUCCUCCUGUGGCCAGAUCCUUUUCUUACAGUGUUAACCCUGCACCCCUUGACUCAGCAAACGGUGGGAAUUUAAGCCGUGCCUGCAGAGUGACAUCUGCUCUAGAUCCAGAACUAGGUGAAAAACGCAAAUCGAUAGAGCCUUUUGCUCCUGAAGAAACAAAGAGACCGAGAGUCAUGGGAGAUAUUCCUAUAGAACUGAUCAAUGAAGUGAUGUCCACCAUCACAGAUCCAUCUUCCGUGCUGGGACAAGAGACCAGUUUUCUUUCUGCACACUCAGCAAGAGAUGAAACUGCCAGGCUGGAAGAGCGGCGGGGUGUGAUUGAAUUUCACGUUAUUGGAAAUUCCUUAAACCAGAAGCCAAAUAAAAAAAUCAUGAUCUGGCUUGUUGGCCUGCAAAAUGUGUUUUCCCAUCAACUUCCCAGAAUGCCCAAAGAGUACAUUACACGACUGGUCUUCGACCCGAAACACAAAACUCUGGCACUGAUCAAAGAUGGGCGUGUGAUUGGGGGGAUAUGCUUCAGGAUGUUUCCCUCACAAGGCUUUACUGAGAUUGUGUUCUGUGCAGUCACCUCAAAUGAACAAGUCAAAGGAUAUGGAACCCACCUAAUGAAUCACCUCAAGGAAUACCAUAUCAAGCAUAAUAUUCUGAACUUUCUGACAUAUGCAGAUGAGUAUGCCAUUGGAUACUUCAAAAAGCAAGGAUUCUCUAAAGACAUUAAAGUUCCCAAAGCAAAAUAUGUUGGCUAUAUCAAGGACUAUGAAGGUGCCACACUGAUGGGAUGUGAAUUGAAUCCAAGAAUCCCUUACACAGAGUUUUCCGUCAUCAUAAAGAAACAAAAAGAGAUAAUUAAGAAGUUGAUUGAAAGGAAACAAGCUCAGAUCCGAAAGGUUUACCCUGGGCUUUCCUGUUUUAAGGAAGGCGUUCGGCAGAUCCCUAUUGAAAGCAUUCCUGGAAUAAGGGAAACUGGAUGGAAACCUGCUGGUAAAGGGAAGGAGCUUAAGGACCCUGAUCAGCUUUACAGUAUCUUGAAAAGUAUCCUGCAACAUGUAAAGGGUCACCAAAAUGCAUGGCCUUUCAUGGAGCCAGUCAAGAAAACGGAAGCUCCUGGAUACUAUCAAGUGAUACGCUUUCCAAUGGAUCUGAAGACAAUGAGUGAACGUCUUAAAAACCGAUACUACACAACGAAAAAGCUGUUUAUGGCUGACAUGCAGAGGAUCUUCACUAACUGCAGGAAAUAUAACCUACCAGAGAGUGAAUAUUACAAGUGUGCUAACUUACUGGAGAAAUUCUUCUACACUAAAAUUAAAGAAGCUGGUUUAAUUGAAAAGUAAGUUUGCAGGUAUAAGGCAAAAGGUACAUUCUUAUUAGGUUACUCUGUUUACUCAGGUAAAUAUCACUAGCAGAAAAAAACACUCCAGAGUAACAGAACUUACUUUUUCUGAAAAUCUGAAAGAUUAUUAAUGGGAUUUUUGUCUACUUCUAGCCAGUAGGAGACACAACAGGUCCAGGAACACAAUUUUUAUAUAACCAUUUGUGCAUGACUUCAUGGUGUCUUUGUACAGUACCAGAGAGUAUCCUGUAGAUGUAUGUACUGGUCUGGGUCUUGUAUGUUUUUUAAUAUUCCAUCCUGUCAAGAACUAUUUCAUAAGGUUUUUCUGGGGGAGUAGUCAAUUCAGAAUGCAGCCUUUUUUUUCAAGGAGUGGUAUCUUUCAGAAUUUUUACCCUGAACUAUGUUUUUAAUUUAAUUAUAUAUAAUAUGUUUCCCAUAGUAGUUCCACAAAGUCUGGAACUCAAAUAAGAAAUGCACUUAUUUAAAGCACAUAUGCAAAUAUUAGGAAAUAAGAGCAUUUUCCGAAUGUUUUGUGUUUUAACAAGGAAAAGGAAACCUAAUGCACGCUUAUUGCUUAAUUUAUGUAGAAAAUAAUUAUUUAUGUGAUGUUAUUUCAAGGGUUGUUAGUAUAUCUUUAAAGAAAAGGUCUUAAUUUAUUGUCUGUCUUAAUGUCUCCCCUACAAAAGACUAUUGACAUUUGUAUUUUGAUAAAAAUGUGCAAUAAUGAGUAGUUUCGUUUUGUAAAAUGUUUGUAUUUUUAAAUA